AUGGCAGAACAAACACAAUCCAAGAAGCUCAACACCGCUGCAAAACCGCGAAAGCGUUUCGUCGGCUCAAAAUCUGCAGCACCAUCCAAAUCCGGUUCACCAGCAGCAAUCGCCAAUCAAAUACCCGAUGAGAUAUUGUCAGAUGCUCUGCUGAACCAGGCGAUUAAGCAACUUCCUGCAAAUUACUCUUUCGAAAUCCAUAAAACAGUGCACCAUGUCCGCAAGAACAAAGCAAAGAUGGUCGCCUUGCAGAUGCCCGAGGGCCUGCAGAUGUUUGCUUGCACAAUAGCGGACAUAAUCGAGCGUUUCACCGACGCGUUGACUGUAAUUAUGGGCGAUGUCACUUACGGUGCAUGCUGUGUAGAUGAUUACACUGCAGUCGCAUUGGGAUGCGACAUGCUAGUCCAUUAUGGUCACAGCUGUCUUGUGCCCAUCGAUCAAACCACAAUCAAGACCCUGUAUAUCUUUGUCGAAAUUGGAAUCGACUCGUCUCACUUAACAGAGACGAUACGACUAAAUUUCCCAAAUGAUCGACAGACAUUUCACAAACAAUUACUCGAAUAUGAAGAAGAUAAUGUACGGAUACCUGCUGGUCAGAAAAUCGGCAAGACUCGCCACCUCCAAAUCGAAGGUCUUUCGAGUGAAGGAGAAACGGAACCUCCAGCUCCUGCCGAACCGACAAGGUUUGCGUUGGUCUCAACAAUCCAAUUUGUAGCAGCUCUACAGAGGUUGAAGGAAGAUCUGACGUCGCCGUAUUCUGAUGUCGGAAUGUCACCUAAUGGACUGCUGCACAGUGCAGAAUCAGAGUCAUCAGCGGGAGAUGUCUCGAAGUCGUCAUCUGGUCAUCGCCUUUGGACUGGCGUUUAUGACGCCACAAUACCGAGAUCUAAACCUUUGUCUCCUGGUGAAAUACUAGGGUGCACUGCUCCCCUACUUGGUGAUAUAGACGCCCUGAUAUAUCUUGGGGAUGGUCGAUUUCACCUAGAGUCCAUUAUGAUCGCGAAUCCCUCAGUACCUGCUUUUCGAUACGACCCCUAUUCCAAGAAAAUCACGAGAGAGCUUUACAACCACGAGGAAAUGCGGAUGAUCCGAGAUGACGCAGUUCAGAAGGCGCGUAAAAGCAUCACAGCUUUCCCAAAAACAUCUUCACAGGGGAUCGUUUCCCCGACUGAUGAAAAUCCGAUAUGGGGCAUCAUUCUUGGCACUUUGGGGCGCCAGGGCAGCUUCAAGCAGAUGCAGGCGAUCACCCAUCAACUUUCUACCUCAAAGACGGAUAUUCCUUAUAUCCCUAUCCUACUUUCUGAACUCUCGCCCGCAAAGCUUGCACUGUUUAACCCAUAUAUAUCGACGUUCAUUCAAACGGCGUGUCCGCGGUUGUCGAUAGACUGGGGGUAUGCUUUUGACAGACCGCUCCUCAGCCCAUAUGAAACAGCAGUUGUGGUGGGGCAAGCAAAAGGGUGGAUGAAUGAGGAGAAAGAGGGACGUGAAAGGGCUAGAGGUGGAAGAUAUCCUAUGGAUUUCUACGAAGUAGGCAGUCCGUGGGCUGUUGCUAGGACGAAGUCUUCAUAUCUUUAA